AUGCUGACCGGGAAGUUAGCUAAAUGGCAAAUGUUGUUGAGUGAGUUUGAUAUCGUGUACGUGACUCAAAAGGCAAUAAAAGCACAAGCUUUGGUUCAUCAUCUUGCAGAAAAUACCGUUGACGAAGAAUAUGAACCUCUCAAGACAUAUUUUCACGAUGAAGAAGUAUCAUUUGUGGGUGAAGAGAUUUCUGAAGCGUACCCAGGUUGGAGAUUUUUCUUUUACGGAGCGGCGAAUCACCAAGGUAAAAGUGUUGGAGCAGUCCUGGUAUUAGAAUCUGGUCAACACUAUCCUAUGGCAGCAAAGCUACGAUUCAAUUGUACAAAUAACAUGGCUGAAUACGAAGCCUGUAUUCUUGGUUUGAAAAUGGCCGUUGACAUGAAUGUUUACGAGUUACUGGUUAUCGGAGAUUCAGACCUUUUGAUUCAUCAGGUUCAAGGUGAAUGGGAUGUGAAGAACCUAAAAAUUAUACCUUACGUAUGGUAUGUGCAAAAUUUGUGUAAAAGGUUUCGCAAGAUCGAGUUCAGACAUACUCCCAGAAUACAAAAUGAAUUAGCUGAUGCUCUGGCCACCAUCGCUUCGAUGAUCAAACAUCCGGAUACCGAUUACAUCGACCUGCUAGAUAUAGAUUUGAAGGAACAUCCAGUCUAUUAUUCACACGUUGAAUCAGAACCAGACGGUUUGCCUUGGUAUUUUGACAUAAAGAGGUACUUGGAGUCUGGGACAUAUCCAGAAGACACUACAUCUAAUCAAAAGAAGUCGAUACGUCGCAUGACUCUCAAUAUCUUUCUGAAUGGAGAAGUCCUAUAUAGGAGGACUCCAGAUUUGGGUCUUUUAACAUGCGUGGAUGCUGCUGAAGUUGUGAGACUUAUUGAACAGAUACAUGCUGGAGUUUGCGACACACACAUGAAUGGGCUUACUUUGGCAAGAAAGGUUGUUCGAGCUGGAUAUUUCUGGAUGACUAUGGAGAAUGACUAUUGCAAAUUCGUGCAGAAAUGCCACAAGUGUCAACGUAUUUUUCCUCAUCAAGAAGAAUAUAAAGGAAAGUUCACACCAAACUGGCAAGGUCCUUACAUGGAUCGUAAAGUACUAUCUGGAGGUGCUUUGGUUUUGUCCGAGAUGGAUGGCACUGUAUGGCCCGAACCUAUCAACUCAGAUGCUGUCAAGAGAUACUAUGUGUGA